UUCACAGGAAGACACGGCGGGCGAGCGCGUAGCCGGGCCGCGGGGGGUGCACCGAUUUACGGAAGGAUGGUGCACAAGGCCCCGGCAGGGAGCAGAUGGCGAAACGCGAUGCGGGGGCCCUCGCGCAUGAAGGUCAUCGAGAAUCUCUCGCGACAUUUCGGGACCGUGAAUACGUACACGCCGAACAAUCGUCGCAUCACCAGCUUCCGCGUCGGCGGUGGUAGCCCGAGGUCGCAGGUUCCGCAGGCCGGCAGUUUCGAAGCGCUCAAGAAUCUCAUCCAGGCCGAGAGAGCACGUGAACUACAGGAGCAACAUAUAGCCGAAGAGAUGGAAACAAAAGCCGCCGCUUAUAGAGAGGAUAAAGAUCGAAUAAACGAAGAACAAUUAUUGAAUAGGCAACAGCAGCGAAAACAAUUUUCCAGCCCAUUGCUACCCUUAGAAAUCCCACCAAAAGUCAAUUACGAUUACAAUCAACGGCGUUACAACAAUCCACCUAAUAUUGGUCAAGCUUGGUCGAGGAGCGGACCUCUCUCGCGAGAAUACACCUUACCUUAGUAUGCUGCGAAUUGUUGCGAGGAAACGGUACAAAUCCGAAAACUGCCGCACGCAUACUAGUGUUUGUGACUGCUCUCAGCGCGACGCAGCUGCAGCCGGUUGCUGUUAUCAGCGAGGCUGCGAUCGCAAGAGUAAGCGCGACGCUCAUCUCGAAGAUUGCACGUUUUGAAGAUAUCUAUGGCUCCUGGAUCUCUCUGCGGAUCUCUUAAUCUUUGUGUCAACGAUAAGUAAGUGCAACAAUCGGAAAUGCAUUUUAACCCAAUAUCAGAAACCCGAAUGUCGAGGAAUGUCCAUUCUAGCGACUAGUUGUGAAAAGCGCGGCUCCUCCAU